AUGGAGAUUGACUCCAGCGCCCCGAAUGGCGCAGAAGAAUCACGCCGCAAAUCCGGUCGAGUAACUCGACGACCAGAACUUUUCUCCCAAGAACACCAGCAGAGCAACCCUGUCCUGAACGGAUCAAGCAAACGAAAAAGACCUGCCGAUAAUGAAGGCGCAGACCUGGAUGAAGAUGAUCAGGAAGAAGACUCAGAAGAGUCUGAUGCUGAUGAAAGUGAAGAUGAGCCAGACGAAGAAGAAUUGAAAGAGCGGCGACGGGUACAGAGAAGCAAAGUAGCAACGAAGCCCGCGGCCAAGAGGGCGAAGAGAGCAGACAGUUCUGGCACAACACUGGCAAUGCGCCCUGCGAAAGGUGCAAGGGCGGCCGGGGGUAAAGCUGCCAAAGCCCAAACGGCGCGCUCUCGACCGAGCCAGGCGCAUCUACAAGGGCUGUACGCCGAGGUCUUUGGUAAAGGGCGAUCGCCAGAGGACGCCGCUUCUUCAUGGUUCCAGUCUGUGCAAAGUGAUAGUGUCACUGGCAUCCGAGACUUGAUCAACUUUGUCCUGCAAUGUAUUGGUUGUGAUUCCAGAAUUGAAUCCCAAGACGUCGAAGAUCUGGAUUCUGUCCCAACCAAACUCGGAGAUGUGCUGCAAGAAUACGAGGCGCAAAAAUCGCCCGACUACCCUCUGAUCUCCAAGCAGAAACAGUAUGCCGGCUUUCAAACGGUUCUGGAAGAAUUUUUCAAAGCCAUCAUCAAAGCACUGCACGCAUCCUCUUUAUUCUAUGAGCAACCCGAAGUCUAUGACAACAUUCAUGUGUGGAUUGCAACCAUGUCGGGCGCCAACUACAAAUCUUUCAGACACACUGCAACGAUUAUAUCUCUAUCAAUGAGCACUGCACUGUGCGAGGUUGCGAAAGAGCUACAAGAGACCAUGGCGUCACUGAAAACGCAAAUGGACGCCGAAAAGAAGAAAAGGAGCGUGAACAAGGCUCGUGUCCAGACCAUUGAAGCAAGCCAAAAGGAAACAGAGCAGAAAUUAGAAGCAAUUGACGCCCAACUGCGAGAUGCUUUCGACACAGUGUACGUUCACCGCUAUCGAGACAUCGAGGAGAAGAUCCGAGCACCAUGUGUCGCAGCAUUAGGGAACUGGAUUGUACUCUACCGCAAAAUGUUUCUCGAGGGCCAGUUCCUGAGGUACCUUGGAUGGGUCUUGAACGAUACCAGCUCUCCUACUAGAUUGGAGGAUGUCAAACAGUUGAAAAUUCUAUUCAAGAACAAGAAGAACAUUGCGGCGUUGCGAGCCUUCACAGACAGAUUUCGGCCUCGAUUAGUAGAGAUGGGUGCAAGAGAUGCCGACAUCAGCGUAAGAGUGGAAGCCAUCGAGUUGCUCGAUAGGCUACGAGACGCUGAAUUGUUAGAGCCGGACAACAUCGACACUAUAGGCCGCCUCAUUUUCGACAGCGAGCCACGUAUACGAAGAGCUGUUGCAAAAUUCUUUGUCUCCAACAUUGAAGACCUAUACGGUCUUAGCACGGAGGAGUUCGACGAAGCGCAAUACCAUGCGGCUUUACCAGAUGACGAUGAUGUGGAGGAGUAUACGGUACCAACUCGCUCAUGGAUCAAGUUCAAGUGUCUAGGAUCGAUUCUUGCCGGCUAUGACAACGACGAAGAGUCUUUAGACGGCAAGGCCGAUAGGUCUCUACCUCUCGAUCUUGCGGUGGAUUCGAGAUAUACUCUUGCCACUCAAGCUAUAUAUCCGCACAUGAAAGAGCUCCAUCAUUGGGAAUCUCUGGCAGGCUAUCUUCUUUACGAUCACUCUUCCAUUUCCGCUUCCGAUGAGGGGGAGGAUAUGAAUAUUCAAGUCCAGCAGGCGUACCAGCUCAGCCCCGGCGAAGACAUAAUCCUUCUAGAUGUCCUCAACGCUUCAGUCAAGCAGUACCUAUCGUCAAUUCUUGAGCCUCCGACGAAUCGACGUGCGAAUGCCACAAAGGAUCAAAUCCGCGAAAAGCAAGAAUCGGCUGCCCAAAGCCUUACGCAAAUCCUGCCUCAACUCCUAAGCAAGUUUGGUGCCACUCCGCAAGCCGCGUCCUCGAUUCUUCGCAUCGAACAACUACUCGACAUUGGCCUGAUAAAUGAUCUUCAGUCCGGCGAGGCCACCUACUCGGCGAUCCUGGAUGACAUUACCAAACAAUUUACAUCUCACUCGGAUAAAAAGGUCCUGGCCGCCGCUAGUGUGGCACUUCGUAACGCACGCAGCUUCGAGCAGUCUAAAGAGGUGGUAGACUCUAAAGUCCAAGAGAUCUGGGCCGAGUCUGUGACCAUGAUCACCGACCUUCUGCGUGGAAAAGACGUCGAGAAGCGAGGGACGCUGGACAAGCAGUCACUCGCUGCGAUGGUAAACAGCAUGACCCGUCUGACAGAGUUAGCUGGCGUCUAUGACUGCUCAGCACCCAUGGAGACUAAGCUACCAGUGCCGGGUGGACGCAAACAGAAAGGCAAAUCGGACCAGAGUAUGGACUCGUUGCUCUCUUUAUUGUUACGUCUACUUAGACGAGGCGAGCCAGACGAAGAUACUACAUGGGUCUUCAAUGAGCUGGAGGACCAGUUGUGCACCGCGUUGGUCGAACUUUUCUCGCGCUAUUUUCGGUGGAAGAUGGUGGCUCUGAAGAAUGCUAUCGCAACUAACAACACGACGUUGCUGUCUACCUCUAAUCUGACGGGGCUUGCAAUGACACGAACUACAUUCGUAGAUAACCUCGAAGCGGUGAUCAGUCUGCGCACCCCAUUGGACAGUGUGAGAUGCGCUGCCAUCGUCAACAUCCUGGAGUUGUUCGCCCUGUUCACCACAAUACGAAACAUGCACCCUGAGAAAGGGGAACUCGAUGAAACGAUUGCCCGUAAUCUGAGGAGUCUCGUCACGGUCGUGCCCUCGGAGAUUGUCAAGGAGGUCAUGACUACCCACGAGCGUAUGGAGAGAAAUUUUGCCAAAAGAACAAAACGCAAGAUUGAGACAGGCCGUGAGAAGACGAACAGAGCAGGGGCAAGGGCGGAUGAAGAUGACGAGGAUAUUGAGAAACCGCCUGAGGACUCGGACGAAGAAGAGGAACCGGAGAGCGACCUCGACGAUGAAGACGAGGAGGAUGAAGCUGCCGCAGGCCGAGGAGGCAAGAGAGCAAAGAGGCAAGCUGCCUUGCUUGCGGAGCAGGGACUCUGUGAAUUGACGAGCAAGAUCAUAUUUGCCAUUGUUGGUGGUGCGAUCAAGGAUGACAGCGUCAAGAGGAGGGUGCUGUUGAAUCGCACGAAGCUGGGCAAGAACUAUGCCGCUCUUGUCGCGUACUUGGAUGACAAGAAGCAACCCAGGGCGAAGGGAAAGAAGGUUGCUGUUCCUGCUGGUCCAAAGACCGCACAGCAGCAACAGAAUCAGAAGAAGGCCGCUGUAAGUGCGGAGAUGGUGCUCGAUGACGAUGAUAUCGAGGAUAGUGUGAUGGAUGAGGAAGAGGAGCAGCAUCGGCGUGAUCUUGCGGAGGAUGACCUUGAUGGCCAGGAUGCUCGGGACCACGGCGAAGCUCAUGAUGAUGAUGUUGAUGACGAUGACGGUGUCCCUGGAGGUGAGGUCGAGGAGGACGAUGUAAUGGGUGACUGA